AUGUUCGACCGUCCAAUUUCACGAAUCUUCCACUCAUUGUUGGCAUACGCAAAUCUUGCCUUGUCAGGCAACUGGCAUCCGGAAGAUCCCCAUCGUCGCAUACGAUCCAUGUCGCUGUCACUGAAUCGCAGUCGAACUGCAGCAAUGGAGCCGAUCCGGCUGGAUUCGAGAAGAGCUAUCCUCCGCAACAGCCUGGCCUUGAGAAUGAACCAUUGUUAUGCCAUCAACGGAAAUGUCCUGCAGUUCCUUGAACGUUCGGAUGGUGCCCACGUUGUGGGAAACGUAAAUGUAGCUGUUUCCGCCCGCAACGUCGUCGCAUAUGCCAAAUUCAUUGCUGAUUCUUUGGCCAAGGUCCAUGUUGCCAUCCCAGGUGAGACAACUGACAUUGGCAUUGGUUGUCUCGUGGAACUUGGUGAAUAUCCAUGGAACGACGGAAAUGCGAAAAGUGUCCCGCAUAAUGUUGGUCUCGGCCAAGUCUUUCAACGCCAAGCGUUGGUCAAGACCCUGACUGUUCUUGAGCCAGUGGCAGAUGUCGUCGCGUAUUGUUCUCUGCGCAAAGUAGCUGUCUCGAUUCUCAUCGAGGAUGCUCCAUGCCAUUUCGAGAAUUGGAUUCUGUUGCCCGCCUUUUGCAGUCUUUGUCUUGGGAACCGCAUUUCGUUUGCACUUUUCCACCAACACCAUCAAGCAUACCCAUCCAGCACCACCACCACCGACAUACCGCGCAUGCGCAUCGCAAAAAUGAGUGCUAAUCAUCAAGAUGGACCAUCAUUGUCUCUAAACAACGCCUGGAGAGCAAAGGUUGAAGAGAUCGACGAGGCUCUCCUUAAACUCUCGACAAAUACCGACCACGCAGCCUACAUUCAUGCUGCACACGGAGCCGGCAAGAGCACCAGUCUCUUGGUCCACGCCGCGGGCGUGAUCAAGACGGCCAACCCACACGCGAGAAUUAUUUACAUUCUCAACUCGACGAUCGAGUGCAGCGUUUCGACUCAGUAUAUACGCGAGAACCCAUCCGACGUAUUGAAUCCUUUCGAAGACGUGGAGCUCGAUCCCACCUGCUAUGCCCCUAAAUUCUUAGCAGUCUUUACAUACGGAAAAUUCUUGGAAAAACUGAUACAAGGCAAUGCUUUGGACGACCGCCCUAUUGUUUUUGUAGCGGAUAUACCACUGCGACGAACAUCAGAGGCCGAGGCCUUUUUCUCCGUGCUUUUGGAGCAAAUGAAACGACGGGCCUUUACCAGCUACCUGUUUUUAAGCGCCUAUCGAUCAUAA